AUGGAUAAACUCAAGCAACCAUGCCCCUUCUUUCAGCGCGGGAUUUGCCGCUUUGGCGACGCCUGCAAGUACAGCCACACAACCUCACCACACGAUUCCGGAUCAGUCCAAAAGCUUCCAUGUCACGCAUUCGCGAGGGGUGCUUGCAGAUACGGAAACUGGUGCAAGUUCUCACACGAUCCCUUAGCUUGGCAAGAGAAUGGCUUGAAUGGCAAGCAGUCUGAGCAGGCUAUGCAGGCUCCGCAGUCCAGUGGCUCCACAGCCUACGACCAGUUCGUUCAGUGGCGAUACCAUGUCAAGAAGGAAAAGCGCGACAUCAACAUGGCGCAGCCGCUCGGCAGAAGAUUUGCAGGCUUCAUUCAACAAGCGCUUGCACUACUAGACGAUGCCAAUACUAUGCAGGAAAUCAUCACCACCCUCUCCAAUGAGGGAGGGCUCGCCCGUCUCGGCGAGAUGCUCAAUGCCGAUUUCGCCCUGCUGGAGGAUGAGGCGAUGCGCAACUCUUUCAGAACCGAACUACUUCCCUUCCUUCGCAUCAUUGCACACCAUCAAGUCCUCUCGUCUUCAGUUCUCGAGACGCGUCUUGGAACGCUUCUCAACUACCUCUACGGCAUCAACGGCAAGCGUUCUGUUGCAGUAUUCACCGCAGCCAUACGCGGUCUGACUUACGAAGAGCUCAGUCAGGCUGAGUUUGAGCCAUGUCUCAUCUCACUUUCCGCCGUCUUGGAGGUGAAUCGCUCUGCGCAAGUGAAUGACGACUUGCGCUCAUGCGCCGAGACAAUCAUCGCUCUUGCCAAAGACUGCCCGCUGAGUGGCAAUGCCCUCAAGUACUACAAGAAGAUGUGCCUCCGCCUAGGCUUGGGCGAGAACAUCGGCGCUGCGCCAAAUCAAAGCAAGCAUGACCACACUCGCCGGAAGCCGACCUUUGAGCUCCUCGUAGAUCAGCCCGGUAAUCUCUCUAAGCAAGGCCCUCGCCACGACAACGACUUCCAAGACAUACAUCACAUCCAGAUUCUGCCUACCAUGGGAGAGAUUUUGGGUGACAGGGCAGAAUACUUGCCGAGAAGUGAUCCUUCGACCUGGCAUCUGCAAGGAGCUGCUGGCCUCCUCGACAGGCAGUUUCGCCUACUCCGCCAAGACACGGUCGGCCAGUUGCGUGAUGCUGCACGCCUCGAACUCAGUCGCAUCCAAGAUCCCUUCGAGCAGACGGGUGCCUUGAAAGACACUGGCGCACGUACAUACAGCUAUCGCAAUGUUCGGCUCAUCGACGUCGAGAUGGACCCACAAAAAGGCCUGCUCUGCGUUCUGGAAUUCGAUCAACCUCGCGAACUCAUCAACAAGAGCCAAUCCCAACGCAAGGAGUGGUGGGCAGAGAGUGGCAGGCUGGCCCCGGAAGCUCUCAUCAUGUUACUCGGUUCCGAUCAGAUGGCCGUUUUCUUGACCGUACUGGCUGCUACUUUCCCCUCCGAAGCCAGCAACAAGUCAGAGAGAUCAAUCGAGAAGCUUUAUCCACGCGCUGGUGAUCAACGAAAGGCAAACGUGAUCGUACAGCUAGUCAACCACAUCGAUGCUGACAUCGAGACUCUUCUCUUCCAUUUCGGCUUUGCAUACAAGGAGAGUCACAAGAAUCUUUCCUUCUCCCUUUUGGAAUUCCCAGGAGUGCUACUGCCAGCGUUCAAGCACACGCUCGAGGCCUUACAACACAUGACUUUGUCCGAGGAUUUGCCCUUCGCUGAGCUACUUGCUCCGACUGCAGAUAGCCAGCAUGCAACUCAAGUGGAAGCCCCAGCGUACACAAAGCGACAGGGAUUCAGCUUCGAUCUUUCCACAUUGUCAACCAACCAUGAGAAUGAGACCAUAACCCUCGACGUGAAUUCGCCAAUGCAGGCCGAUCUGCUCAGUGCGCAGACAACGCUCGACCACUCCCAGGCUGAAGCACUGAUCUCGACCCUCUGUAGAUCCGUGGCACUCAUCCAAGGACCUCCUGGCACGGGAAAGAGCUACACUGGAGUUGCGCUGAUCAAGGUGCUCAUUGAAAACAAGAAGGCUGCCAAUCUUGGCCCCGUCCUUUGUGUUACUUUCACUAACCAUGCGCUGGAUCAGAUUCUUGAACACCUUGUCGAUGCAGAUGUUGAUCAAGUGAUUCGCAUUGGUUCACGUUGCAAAAGCGAGAGAUUAUUAGCGCUAAAUCUCCGAGCUGUUGCGCAGAAGGAGCCUUGGACAAAGUUGGAGGCAAGAGAACGCUGGCAGCACAAGCAAAACGUCGAGCAUUUCAGAACUUUGGCCAGCGAGAGUCUCAGAGAAUUGCAGCGCUUCUCCCAGGCCUCAGUCUUGACCUACUUGAAGGAGAGAUAUCCCUGCUACCAUGAUCAGCUGGUGGCGCCCGAGAUUGACCAGGACGGGUUUGAGCUUGUGCAGAACAAGCGAGCGGCAGUGGGUAUUGCACCUUGGCUAAAAGGCGCCCCAAGAUUCUCGCCGAUGCCUGGUGGCAAUCACGGGCACGAUAUCUUCUCCCUCUCAGUUGCAGAGCGCCAGCGUCUCUAUUCGCACUGGGUCGAGCAAAUCUUGGACCCAAUUCAGCAAUCCCUUCUCGCAAAUCUCAAGGCCUACCAAGAUGCCAAAGCUGGUAUCAACAAGAUCAGAGCCGAAGUUGACCAUCGUGUACUCGAGGGCGCCAAUGUGAUUGGUGUCACCACCUCUGGCCUGGCGCGCAAUCUCGAUCUUCUUCGUAGACUCAACAGCAAGGUGUUGGUCGUGGAAGAGGCUGGCGAAGUGUUGGAAGCGCACCUGCUUACUGCAAUGCUGCCGUCUAUUGAACAUGCCAUUCUGAUCGGAGACCAUCAACAACUGCGCCCGAAAGCUCAAAACUACGAGCUCUCUGUCGACAAUGCGCGUUCGCAAGUCAAGAUGGAUAUCUCUCUCUUCGAGCGCCUUGUACAUCCAAACGAGAACGAGAACAGAGCUGUGCCAUUUGUCACCUUGGAGAUCCAGCGUCGUAUGCACCCAUCCAUCUCAACUUUAAUCCGCUCGACUUUGUACCCAGACUUGCACGACGAUGCUGUAGUUGCAAAGUAUCCACAGGUCUCGGGCAUGCGGCGCAGACUCUUCUGGCUUGAUCAUCGUGAAGCUGAAGACAGUGGAAAGGAGAGGUCUGACUCAACUUCACACACAAACCGGUAUGAAGUCGACAUGGUGUUCGCGCUUGUGCGGCAUUUGGUAAGGCAAGGUGUGUAUCGACGAUCCGACAUCGCAGUUCUGACGCCUUACCUUGGCCAGUUGCGAAAGCUUCGUCGUUCAUUGAACAGCUUUGCCGAGGUCAUUAUUAACGACAGAGACAUUGAUGAGAUGGCGCUCAACAGCGAUGGUGAGGAUGACGAUGAGGUUCAAGAAGCUUUCAGCGGUGUUACGAAUGCUCGACAGCCACCGCGCCUAGGUGUACACAAGAGCACCUUGUUGCAGGCUCUUCGUCUUGCUACUGUUGACAACUUUCAAGGUGAAGAGGCCAAAGUGGUUAUCAUUUCUUUGGUCCGCUCGAAUGAACAACGCAAAUGUGGCUUUUUGCGUACCUCUAAUCGUAUCAACGUGCUGUUGUCCCGAGCUCAGCAGGGAAUGUACAUCAUCGGCAACAGCGAGACAUAUGCGCAUAUUCCAAUGUGGGGCCAUGUGCUAGAGAUGCUCAACAAAGACGGCAACUUGGGGCCUCAUCUUGAGCUCUGCUGUCCACGCCAUCCAGAGACACCUCUGCAGAUCACCACACCAGACGACUUCUCCAUUGUCUCUCCAGAAGCUGGAUGUAAUCUGCUGUGUGGACAGCGUCUGCCGUGCGGUCAUUCGUGUGUCAACAAGUGUCAUUCUGACGGCAUGCACCAAUCAACGUACUGCCUCAAGCCCUGCAAUAGAGCCAAGGAAGGCUGCAGUCACAACUGCCAGUACGUAUGCGGCCAACAGUGCGACGAGAAUUGUACAAUCCAGGUCUCAAACAUCGACGUCGAAUUGCCCUGUGGACACCAUGUCUCCAAGCUACCCUGCUGGCAGUAUCAAGAUCCCAGCCAGGCAGUCUGCCGCGCUCUAGUCGAGCGCAUUGUUCCAGGCUGCCUUCACAGGGUCACUCUACCUUGCUGUAUAGACGUGAGAGCUGGAGAUUACGUCUGUUUGGCGAGGUGCGCAUGCUUGCUGCCGUGCGGUCAUGCUUGUGGAGAGCAGUGUUGCAAGUGUCGUCCGCGUAUGUUAGGAGAAAUCGAGAAGGAGGAACAUGGGAAGUGCCAACAGCCAUGCAAGCGCGACUACAGUAGUUGUAAGCAUUCUUGCAGUGCUCCCUGUCAUGGUGAGGAGCCUUGCCCGCUUUGUAGUGAGCGGUGUGAUGUGAGUUGCUCGCAUACACGGUGCAUGAAGCAGUGCCAUGAGCCUUGUGCUCCCUGUGCAGAAGAGGAUUGUGCCUCAUGCUGUCCGCACGCAAAAUGCAGCAUGCCAUGCGCUGCUCCGUGCGACUGGGUACCAUGUUCCAAACGUUGCACAAAGCUUCUUCAAUGCGGUCAUCAGUGCCCAUCAGUUUGUGGUGCCGACUGUCCCCCCGCCACAAGCUGUCAGAUCUGUUGCGAUGAUGAUCUCAAGGCCCUGCAAGCGGAUCUCAUCAUGUUUACCACGUACGGCGAGUUGGAUAUUUCGGAGAAGCCUUGUAUGUUCUUACCUUGCGGUCACAUCUUUACUGUCGAGAGUCUGGAUGGUGUGAUGGCCAUGGCGGAUUAUUACGAGCUGGAUAGCCUCACAGGUGCGCCAAUUGCUCUGAAGGGUACAGUGGCAGCUUUCUCCCAAGAAGAGAUGAAGACAUGUCCAACUUGUCGCGCUUCACUUCGUCUGCUACCACGCUACGGUCGAAUCGUUCGUCGGGCGCUUCUGGAUCAAUCCACCAAGAAGUUCAUCGCAUGGGCGCAUCGAAGGCACUUCCUAUUUGCAAAACUCAUGCGGUUCGAGCAAGACAGACUGAUCAACACGAGAUCUGAUGUCCAUUUGCGGUAUCCUGUAAAGAUCGUCUUGGCCCAAAAAAGCCAUGUAGAAGUGCUGAGCAAACUGGACCUCUUCGGUGGGCGUUAUCGCGACCUAGCACGCUUGCGCCGCAAGCUCAGCGCGUUCCUCAAGCAAACCGAAGCUGAGGAACAGCCGUUCAGGCGUGUGUACAACAUCGUUGAGACUCUUCGUAGACGCCGUCUCCAAGAUGGACACACUAUUGACGGGUUCGAGUACGACCAGGACCUUCUGCAAACCCAUGUCGCUCUUUUCAAACUGUGCAACAGCUAUUGUCUCGGUAUCGGUCUCAACAAGCUACAUUGCUCGGCAACUAUCAAGUUGCAUGAUGACAGUGGGUGGUGUUCAUUGUAUAUACUAUCAUAG